AUGCUGCUCAAUCCUCUCCCUGUCCUUUCGGCGUUGGUCUUCGCUGUCACCGCGCUUGCCGCUUGCGGUCCGAGUUGUGGCUUCCCCGACUCCCGUUGUGAGAACGACGUCUGCAUCUGCAACAACUCCGGAGCGGCAGCUUGCCCCAACCCAGGCACAUUCUCCUACUGCCCUAACUUCGACACUGACCAGUACGCCUGCGGCUCGUGCAGCAACUACUGCACCAAGUGCCCCUCGGGGGAGAACUCUUGUCCUGAUGGUUCCGUCUACACGUGCGUCAACAUGAAAACUGACUCUCUCAACUGCGGAUUGUGUGGGCAGUCGUGUCCAACCGACGCAAGUUGCGUGAAUGGACAAUGUGUUUGUCCUCCUGGCCACUCUCUAUGUGGUGAUUCCCACGCUUCGUGGUGUGCCGAAACCAUGAACGACCCGUUCAGGUGCGGCAGUUGCUAUGGCUUUUGUGAGAGGGAUAAGACGUGCCGCAACGGAAAGUGCGUUCCCUGCCAAGCCGGUUUCAUUCAAUGCGGCAACACGAACUGCAUUAACCCGCUCAACGACAACCAAAACUGUGGCGACUGCUACCAGGCUUGUGGCGAGGGUUCGAACUGCAUCAAUGGCAAGUGCGAGACCAAUGCCGGUUGUGGCUCGGGCCAGGUCAAGUGCGCCGGCUCGUGCAGGAACAUCUCGAACGACAACAACCAUUGUGGUGGAUGUGAUAUCAAGUGCUCGGUCGGUAAGAAUUGUUCGGGAGCCUUGUGCGUCUGA